AUGAUCAAACCGGCACUGGAGCUCGCGAAGGAUUUUCAAGCACUGUACUUUAUAGCAGAUUACCACGCGCUCACUACCGUAAGAGAUAAGAAGCAACUGACGCAUUUAACCCAUCAAGCCACUGCGACGUGGUUAGCGUUGGGAUUAAACCCUGAUGAUGUGAUUUUCUACCGUCAGUCAGACAUUCCAGAGGUAUUCGAGUUGGCGUGGGUAUUGUCGUGCUUCACAACAAAGGGAUUGCUCAACCGCGCACACGCCUAUAAACCGAGGGGUCGUGAAGAGGAUAAGAACAUUAACGCAGGGCUCUUCACCUAUCCUGUUUUGAUGGCAGCAGACAUUCUCCUUUUCGGAACACAUAUUGUGCCGGUCGGUUUUGACCAACAGCAACACCUCGAAAUUACGCGCGAUGUUGCUUUGACUUUCAACGGCAAUUACGGCGAUGUCUUGGUAAUCCCGCAAGCCGUAAUUCGGGAAGAUGUGAUGACUAUUCCCGGAAUCGACGGCAGAAAAAUGAGCAAAAGUUAUAACAACGUCAUCCCAAUCUUCGCACCUGCUAACGAAGUACGCAAACCUGUCAUGCGCAUUGUAACCGAUUCCAAGCGUCCAGAAGAGCCGAAAGACCCGGAUGAAUGUAACAUCUUCGCGAUCUAUCGUCAUCUUGCGGAUGCGGAUGCCGUUGAAGCCAAGCGGAAACUCUAUCUUGAAGGUGGGCUCGCGUAUGGCGAAAUGAAAAAGGAAUUAUUUGCGUUGCUGGAAACUACCUUUUCCGAGCAACGCGAUCGGUAUAAUGCGUUAAUGGACAACCCCGAUGAAUUGGAUAAAAUACUCGAAAAAGGGGCGGAAAAAGCACGCGAUAUCGCCGGACCAAUUCUGGCGAGGGUUCGCAAAGCAGUUGGCGUGAGCAUAGAAAUUCGAUAA